AAACAACGUCCUAAGCGUGACUUGACUCGACUCGACUCGACUCGAGCACGCCAUUCUUCAUUGAGUGACUCAUCAACCUGCUUGGAAGAAGCCGGACCAACGGGGGUUUACCGGAUAGAACCGGCACAAGCAAUAGGGACCUUCCUUCAAUCUGUGCCUAUGUAUUUACCUCAGGACUUGAAAGCAUGAUGAGAGCUCGCUUUGGCGCCUCUCUAUUUGUCCUUGUAGCUAUGGAGGCACCAUGGAGGGUCAGUGCUUUUUUGGUGGGUCGCUCCAAUGGUGUUCUUCGUCGGAAUCCAUUGGCAUUGAGGAAGACAGCGUCCUCCAAAGAAGACGAAGAGCUCGACAACUCGAUGGACCAGAGGAGAGAAGCUGUAUACAUUGGCGAUUCUUCGACGUUUCCCCUCCUUACUUCUCUGAAUGACAAUCCACUGCUGAAUCCAGAUGGGGGCGAAUUGAAAUCUAUGUGCCGAGAUGGUGAUGAAGCCGUCGAAGAUUCUGCACUUGCUCCAGCACUGCUAGCCCUGGCUGGAUGUACAUAUGCCCUUUCUUCCGCGACUCUGUGGAUGCUGUACCACUUUGAAUGGUUCCAAAUGUGGAGGUAUCUAUGGCCUCUCGUUGGCUUGCUCUAUGCCACCGACUCUGCAAGUUCUUUGUUGGGUCGAAAUAAGCCACCAGAUUCUGGUCAGCCGUGGCCAUUGCUGUCAAUCCCAAGCGACAGCAGCAAAAUACCAGUUCCGGUAAGGAUGCUAUCUGGAGUGGCGGGGGUGGGUCUUUUGGUGGGAGGUGCCUACGAUGCCUGGAUGCCCGUGUGGGAAACAGGACCCAACGUUUUCACGGCUGCAGGAAUUGGUCAGGAUUCGGCCAUGAUCUUGUGGAUCAUAACGGCGGCAUUGGCAGUGAGACGACCACCCAAGGAAUUCGCUGGAAGAUACUUUUGGACCUACGUGGUGUUGUUGUCACAGCUCUACAUUCUUGGGGAUUCAGCUUUCGACGAGGUCGUUUCCACCGUCAUGGAGUUGCAAUGAACUGGUUGAAUUGAAACGGCGUAGCAUUGUUUGUUUAUUCUAUUGAUUGAACUGGUCAUGCAAACACCUCCGUCCGACGACACGACACACCACCAACACUACAAUCAACAUGCGCCAACGCUUGGCGUCUCCAGCUUCCUUCUAAUGGAAGCACUAGGGUACAGUGGUCCGUUGGCGGCAACGGCAACAGAAAUCGUAGCCCGGAGGGUUUCGUGAGGUGAAUACCGGCGUCAAUUUCAACAGCUCACCAUGGAACAAGUCUGUUUGCAUCUGAUUGAGCAAACGUCAAGGGAAAUGUGGGCAGACAACGCCAAACCUCGGGCACUGCAGCAUUUGCACCAUGGCAACGUGAGGCAGCGCGCACCUGGGACGCCUUUUGAAGGACGCAAGGAAUUGCCAAUGGUGCUUUUGGCUCCGUCCCAAAAACACUGUGAAGAUCCGAAGAAGUUGAAAGCUGCUCUCAGGAAUAUAUCAUAUAUAAUACGUAUAAUAUGUAUGAUACAGGCGAUGUGCCUUGUUAAAGUCCCAGGAAGCCAGAGGCACCCCAAUUUUGCCAGAUGCCGCUCAUACAUGGUACUAUCUAUGCUUUUGCUCGCACAGCCUACAAUAACCAGGAUGGAGACU